AUAUAUAUAUAUAUAUAUAUAUACGUUAUUAUAAAAAAAAAGGGGAGUUCUUGAAAUUGAUCGUUAUUUUGAUGAAGAUACAUGUUCUGCUUUCGGUAUUGCUAAGCUUCGUUGCAGCUGCUAUUUGCGGCAACUUCAACCAAGAUUUCGAUAUUACGUGGGGCGAGGGGCGCGCGAAGAUACUCGACAACGGAAAACUUCUUACACUUUCCUUAGACAAGGCUUCCGGUUCUGGAUUUAGGUCGAAGAAUCAGUAUCUAUUCGGUAAGAUCGACAUGCAGAUAAAGCUCGUUCCCGGUAAUUCUGCCGGCACGGUCACUACCUAUUAUUUAUCUUCGUUAGGACAGAAUCACGACGAAAUCGACUUCGAGUUUCUCGGUAACUUAAGCGGUGAUCCUUAUAUUCUACACACGAAUGUGUUCGCACUCGGCAAAGGUAACAGAGAGCAGCAAUUCUACCUAUGGUUCGACCCCACUAAAGACUUUCACACCUACUCGAUUUUAUGGAAUCCGCAAAGCAUCAUAUUCUCAGUAGACGGAACACCAAUCAGACAAUUCAAGAAUCAAGAAUCGAAAGGGGUGUCUUACCCGAAAAGCCAGCCGAUGUGGAUAUUCUCGAGCCUUUGGAACGCAGAUGAUUGGGCAACACGAGGCGGGCUUGUGAAAACCGAUUGGACAAAGGCACCUUUUACGGCUUCUUACGCGAACUUCAACGCACUUGCUUGUACUGCUGGUUCUUGCUCGAAAAAAUCGUCUGUCAAUUCUUGGUUCUCACAGUCGUUGGAUAUUACCGGUCAAGAACGAAUAAAAUGGGUGCAGAAGAAUUACAUGAUUUAUAACUACUGCACCGAUUCUAAGCGAUUUCCGCAAGGGUUUCCGACCGAAUGCUCCACUGCAUAAUACGAUACUGUAAUUUUCAAAAUCUUUAUGCUCCUAUUAAUGCAAUAUGUAACGAUACCGUACAACGUACAUAUGUGUAGUAUACUCGUUUGCUUUAUCGUUUAAUGGAUCGAAUAAUAUUUGUUAUUGCUAAUU